UUACCACUUUAGGGUUCAAUCAUUAAAAAACCCCUAAUUCAAUUAUUCAUCAUCCUCCCUUCUCUUUAGGUUUCUGUAAAAAUUCAAUUCAAUCACAUUCAUAUAUCUUCUCUCAUCUUCUCGAAUUCUGGAUCAAACCCAUUUCCCCUCCUCGAAUCGAGUUUCUCCGCAUUGCGAAAUCGAGGUUUCGUUUCGUCGGUGAAAACGAUGGCGGUGGAUUUGACGACGGGAGCUAUAAAUAAGAUGUUAAAUGGAGAAGUGGCAAGUGAGGCUGAUAUGACGCCAGUGCUACAAGUGACAGAGUUGAAGUUGAUUCAGAGCAAGCGUCCGAAUCAGGAAGCCAUAAAUCGAUACAAGGUUUCUUUAUCCGAUGGGAUCCUCUCGCAACAAGGCAUGCUUGGUACUUCCUUGAACGUUCUCGUGACUUCAGGAAAUAUCCAAUUGGGUUCCAUUUUGAGAGUCACUCAGUUCGUCUGUAAUCUCAUCCAGAAUCGAAGGAUUGUUAUUAUUUCGAAUUUGGAGAUUAUUGUGGAGAAAUGCAAUAUAAUUGGAGGAACUCAUGUACAAGCUGGGAUGCCUAAUGAACCUGGUCAACAACUUGGUGGUGGGGCGGGUUAUGUAAAUACUCAAAGCAAUGGUGGUUAUGAGCAGCAACAAGCAAGAAGGACUGAUUUGAAUGGUGGGAGGUAUGGUGUAUCUGCUAAUUCACCUCAACCUCAAGUUGUUGUUCAUAACAGUUCUGACGCUGGAAGAUAUGGUGUAUCUGCUAAUUUACCUCAGCCUCAAGUUGUUCAUAACAAUCCUGAUGCUGGGAGAUAUGGUGUAUCGGCUAAUUUACCUCAGCCUCGUGUUGUUCAUAACACUUCUGACGCUGGGAGAUAUGGUGUACCGGCUACUUCACCUCAGCCUCAAGUUAGUCAAAGAUAUGGUACUGGUUCUGGUUAUCCGGAAACAUCACCUUCCAUCAGACCAUAUGGGAGUGCAAUUGCAGGUUAUGGAGGAUCUGGGUUGGAGCAAGCUCGGGCACCUGCAACAACUGCUUAUUCCCGUCCAGUUCAAUCGGCUUAUCAGCCACAAUCACCACCGAUGUAUGUCAACAGGGGACCUGUGGCUAGGAACGAAGCACCCCCGAGGAUAACUCCGGUUGCUGCUCUUAAUCCUUACCAGGGUCGGUGGACUAUCAGGGUCAGGGUCACGUGUAAGGGAGAACUGAGGCGUUUUAGUAAUCCGCGUGGGGAAGGCAAAUUAUUCAAUUUUGAUCUCCUUGACUCUGAUGGUGGGGAAAUAAGAGUGACUUGUUUUAAUGAUGUGGUUGAUAAAUUCUUUGACCAGAUUGUAGUGGGUAAUGUUUAUUUGAUUUCAAGGGGAAGUUUGAGACCUGCUCAGAAGAACUAUAAUCAUCUUCACAAUGAUUAUGAAAUACAUUUAGACUCUGCAUCGACGAUACAGCAAUGCCAGGAUGAUGCUACCAUUCCACGCUAUCAGUUCCAUUUCCGUAACAUAGGUGAUAUUGAAAACAUGGAGAGCAACAGCAUCACUGAUCUAAUUGGUAUCGUUUCGUCCAUCAGUCCGACAGGAAGCAUUAUGCGGAAAACCGGAACUGAGGUCCAGAAAAGGGCACUUCAGUUAAAGGAUAUGUCAGGCCGAAGUGUCGAGCUUACCAUGUGGGGUAAUUUCUGCAAUGCAGAAGGACAGAAAUUACAAAAUCUUUGUGACUCUGGGGUAUUCCCGGUUCUUGCUGUGAAGGCAGGCAGGAUCAGUGAAUUCAACGGGAAGCAAGUGAGCACCAUUGGAUCAAGUCAAUUCUUCAUAGAGCCAGAUUUCCCUGAGGCCAGAGAAUUAAAAGACUGGUAUGAGAGAGAAGGAAAAAACGCUCAUUUUACCUCCAUAUCGAGAGAGUUUAUUGGUGCUGGCAGACAAGAAGUUCGCAAGGUAAUUACUCAGAUCAAGGACGAGAAGCUAGGAACCUCAGAGAAGCCGGACUGGAUCACAGUCUGUGCCACCAUCUCAUUCAUGAAGGUUGAAAAUUUCUGCUACACAGCUUGUCCUAAUAUGAAUGGAGAUCGCCCAUGCAGCAAAAAAGUCACUAAUAAUGGAGAUGGGACAUGGCGUUGUGAGAAGUGUGACAAAUGUGUGGAUGAAUGUGACUACAGGUAUAUAUUGCAGAUCCAGUUACAGGACCAUACUGGUCUAACCUGGGCCACAGCAUUCCAGGAAGCUGGUGAGGAGAUAAUGGGAAUAUCUGCCAAAGAUUUGUAUUAUGUGAAGUAUGAACAUCAGGAGGAGGAGAAAUUCGAAGACAUCAUCCGUAGUGUUACUUUCUCCAAGUAUAUCUUCAAGCUGAAGAUUAAAGAAGAAACUUAUAGCGACGAGCAACGGGUUAAAGCAACUGUUGUGAGAGCUGAAAAGCUUACCUAUUCUUCAGAUACCAGGUUCAUGCUAGAGGCAAUGGAUAAACUCAGGACAGGAGAUGCAAAUUCUCUCCCUGUAAAGACAGAGAGUUCCAACUACAGGUCUGAUGCAUUCAACUCCGGUAUUGGAACAUCAGGAAUUGGAGAGACCGCAUCAGUGGACGCACGCAGAGAAUUCGAAUUACCUGCAGCAAACCAAGUGGGUCAAUAUGGAAAUCAGUAUAGUAGUGGUGCAAGGCCUGUCAGUGGUAUGAUUAGCUGUAACGCUUGUGGUAGCAAUGGCCAUGUUUCUGCAAACUGCCCGAGCCUUAUGAGCGAGCCACAAGGAGAAUACACACAGGGAAGAUACACAGGAGGUGGCAUGCCAAGGCAACAUGUUGGCGGCUACUGAAAACCUCAAGUGACUAUUUCACAUCAUGAUCAUCAUCAUUAGCAGCAUAUUCAUUAGGAUACAAACAAAGGUUCGAGGGUCAGAGGCUGUUUUGACCGUUUAAGUUUAAUCAUUUACAUUAGAUGUCUCAAUUCCGUUUUUGUGGGUCUUUUUUUUAUAAUAAUUUUAUUUGUUUUCCAAUUGAUCUUUUGUGUUUUUGUUUUCUUUGUGUAAAUCUCUUUUAUAAGGUAACGUUCUUUUGAUCAAAUCAUAUUCAAAUAAAGUCGAUAACUUUCUU